UUGACUGAAAAGGCUUGCAGUAUGACACUUUGUGACUGAUAGAUAAUCGUGAUCGCGCGACUCAGUUGGACAGAUCGACUUCUAAUAGUGCCUGUCCAGUUCCUUCAUCGCAAACACUCAUUUACCUCGAAACUGCCUGCCUCGAAACCACCACCGCCAUGACCACUCCAGAAUCCUCUCCGCCCUCGUCACGCAUCAUUUUCGAUGCCCAAGGAAGAGCGACAAGAAACGGAAGGCUCCUCAUUACUGUUCAAGACCAAAUCAACUCUGAAGAUGCCGACCCCUACCAACAGCGCCAUACUCUUGUCAUACCUUGGUCAUGAUGACACGCAGGAAGUUCCAAGUGCAGCACAGAACACGGAUGCUUCCCAGGACGUACUAUCUUUUUCCUCUCGUACAUAUACCCCGACUUUGGCAACUCCAGAGAUACUCUUCAUCAUCACUCUCUUCUUCUCCGUCCUUCAACUUGUUACCAAUGGUCUGAGCGUCGGGUGGUUCCAUUCAUGGGUGUUUAUCUUCCAAUUUGCAUCUCAAAUAGUCGCGGUGUGCUACUUAAUGUACACCAUCCAUGAUCGCAUCGGACGUUAUCGAACCUCUAGGCCCAUCAUCGCCCGGUAUUUCUUCCUCAGCAUCAAUAUUGUUCCCAUUUUGGUCACGUUCACUACCACUGUUGUCCACAAGCUUACGUAGUAUUUGGAUUUGAGAAUUGUCUUGUAGAGUGGUGUGUUUUCGUAUCAAAGAAUUUGUUAGAAGGACUUCAAAUGCAUUAUCGUUU